AUUCCCUUGUCCUCCCUCGUCCCGCAAUCCUUCUCCCCCGCCGCCGCCUCCGGAGGCCUCCUCUGCUUCCUGUCCGACUGCUCCGGCCCCAAGACCCUCCUCCUCGUGAACCCGAUAUCGAAGAUCGCCGCCUGCCUCCCGCCGACGCCGACGCCCCGGCUCUUCCCUGCCGCCGCCUUGUCCGUCGGCCCCUCCUCCAUCACCGCCGUCGUCGCCGGCGACGAUCUCAUCUCCCCCUUCGCCGUCAAGAACCUCACCUCCGAGACGUUCCUCGCCGACGCCGCCACCGGCUUCUACUCCCCCUGGACCGGCCCCCCCAGCCCGCUCCCGCGCCUCUGCAACAUCGACCCCAGUCGCAUGGCCUUCGCCGCCAACAGGUUCUACUGCAUGAGCUCGUCGCCGUUCGCGGUGUUAGUGUACGACGUGGCGGCGAACGCGUGGUCGAAGCUGCAGCCGCCGAUGCGGCGGUUCCUGCGAUCCCCGAGCAUCGUGGAGCUCGACGACGCGCGCGAGGGCGGCGGCGGCGACGGCGGCGGAAAGAUUGCGCUGGUGGCGGCGGUGGAGAAGAGCAGGCUGAGCGUGCCGCGCAGCGUGCGCGUGUGGGCGCUGCAGGCCUGCGGGCGCGCGUGGGCCGAGGCCGACCGCAUGCCGGCCGACGUCCACGCCCGCUUCUGCGCCGCCGAGGCCGGGCGCGGUUUCGAGUGCGUCGCAAAUGGCGGCGUCAUCGCAUUCACGAUAAAGGCGGCGGCUGCGGCGGCAGCGGCCGAGGUGCUGCUGUUCGAUUCGAUUCGUAAAGAGUGGCAGUGGGCCCCGCCGUGCCCAUUCGUCGCGCCAUACGGCGGCAGCAGAGCGCUGAGGGGGUUCGCUUACGAGCCCCGCCUCGCCACGCCGGCCAUCGGCCUCCUCGACUCCUCUCUUUCUCUCUCUUUCCAGGGCUUUUCCGGCUAG